AGUGUCAAAACUAACAAACAGGCUGUUACUCGGUGGGGGAAGGGAAACUGGCCAACGCCGAAAACACUUCGCAAACACUUUGAUAGCGCAAGACAAAAAAGGUAACUCUUUUAAUCCAGCGACAUCGAUACAUUAGUCGUCAGGAGUGCGGAGGAGAGGGAUAUGGCUCAGGAGAGCAAUCAGACACAAGUGCUCUGUUCCAAUGGUUGUGGGUUUUACGGGAAUCCGCGUAAUAACGGCAUGUGCUCGGUGUGCUACAAAGACUCCUUACAGCGACAGAACAACAGCGGCAGGUCCAGCGAUCCAGUGUCUUCCAGCCUUAGCAGUAAAGGAGAAUCUAUGACUGUACAAUCGACGUCACAGCAUGAACAAAACAGUCAGUAUUUUUCAACGCCAACACCACCAGCAGCAGUUACACAUAAAGAAGGUGCUUCAGCAGCAGCACAAUCAGGCCUGAAAACACCAGAAGAAUUGUCGUGCAGUAAAUUGGCGAGAAACAUCCAGGAGUCCAAGGCAGGUAGCUCAUCAGCGGAGGAUUGCAUAUCGAGAGGAAAGAGGAAGCUUGAUGAAACUUGUCAACCCAUAGAAAGAGUGUCUGCCUCAGAUGUCUCAGAGCAAACCUCAGAUGAACCAGAGCAAUCCAGACCCAAGAAGAACCGCUGCUUCACUUGCCGCAAGAAAGUUGGGCUCACUGGCUUCGACUGCCGGUGCGGACACUUGUUUUGCAGCAUCCACCGAUACUCAGAUGUUCACAACUGUAGCUUCGAUUACAAGGCUGAUGCAGCUGAGAAAAUAAGGAAAGAAAACCCGCUUGUCGUUGGGGAGAAAAUCAAGAAGAUUUGAGUUGAAGAUUGCAAAGAUGUUUUUUACUCUUUUCCUUGAAACCUUGAAUUGUGCAUGCUACAAUGAAACAUAUACGCAAAUUUAUUUUGUCCCUUUGUUUCAUUUUACCU